AUGGAAACCUUCGUGCAGAAGGAAUUAUCAUGUUCUUUAAAAGGAAUUGCUGACAAAUCAAGAAUUAGGGUACAUCCCAACAUUUUUCUGGGCAUAAAUGAGGCAUCUGUUAGCGGCGGCCGUGGUGGCUGUGACGCAAAAUCAACUCGAUCCGUGCUGGAUAACAGAGUGGUUUUAGGUUCAGCUUCUUCUGCUGCUGCCAAGACAAGAUUUUCAGAUGAAAAUAUGUUCAAAGAAUAUCAUCAGGAACAAUCUUUUCUUUCAGGAUGUAAUCUUGUCAAUCAGAUGAACGGAUCUCCUACGGAAGGAAGCUACGUUCCUUUAAAUUUUCUUGAAUCUUUCCCAAGGUUACAUAAAUCCCAUGUAUCGGAAUCUUGUGCAGAUUCAAAAUGCUUAAAUCUAAAUUUGUAUCUGCAGAAGCCAUCUAUCUUGAAAAGAGCAGAAGAAUCUCCGGCCAGUUUGAGUCAGAAGCUCGCACACCCAGUAUUCUCAAUGUCUCAAAUAAAGCAAUAUUAUCAGGUUCAGGCAGGGCCAGAAUGGCUGAAGAUCAAUCAGAAUAUAGCAAAUCAUACCCCAAAAGGUUUCAGUGAUUAUUGGCUCAGCACUACUAAAACUCAACCGAUGAAACGUAGAAUUCCAAAUAGCCAGCUGCAGUUUAAAUCUUGUUUAUCAUCAUCAGUUUCUUCCUCCAAAAAGAUUUAUAGAGGAGUGAGGCAAAGGCACUGGGGAAAAUGGGUUGCAGAAAUAAGAGUACCGCGAAAUAGAACAUGGGUUUGGUUGGGGACUUUUUGUAUCUUUACAUCUUUGUUUCUCUAA